GUGGCAGCGCCAGACCCGUUAUCAGCCGUGUGUGUGUGUGUGCGCUGUGUGCGCCCUUCCUAAAGCUUUAGCAGAAAUAUGUUCAGCCCUUCCUGCAGCCCACGGGCUCUAAUCCCCCGCCCGCCUUUCCAGCGGCGUGGAAAGAGCAGCCCGGUAACUCCCGAGCCGCGGGAUCGUGCGGGAGAUCCGCGCGUUCCGGAGGAGCUCCGGGAGCGCCGAGCAUCCUGAGCGGCACAUUCCCGGCGGAUCCCGGCUGCGGGAUGCGGCUCCAGCUCCUCGGCACGCUGCCCAGAGAGAGAUAAAGCAGCCCGCGCACCGUCGGCGGGGAUGCCGGUGAAGCCAGCGGGCUGCCUCCCCCUCGGUGCCCGGCGCGGGAGCAGCCGCUGACUGGGAGCUGGAAUGUUUCCCAGCCCAGGCGAUGCCCAGCCCUGCUCCUAGCCUGCCUUCCCAGGGCUGACAUUCCCGGUUUUCUGCUGUUCGCAGAGCAGUGCCACCGAGCAUGCCGCAGGAAGCCCCUCGGCAGCCCAAGGCCAGGCGAGUUUUCCAGUGAGUCCAGCUCCUCAAAGCCAGAGUUGCCUCUUCCCACCCCGGCCUUGGGAGGCACCUCGGACAGCGAAUUCCCCUGUGCCCAGCGGGUGUUGAGGUCCUGGAGGGCGGGCUGGAGGAGGGGGCUGCCAUGGAAGAGAAUGUGUUCAGCGUGCAGCAGAUCCAGCCCAACGUCAUCUCGGUGAGGCUCUUCAAGCGCAAGGUGGGCGGCCUCGGCUUCCUGGUGAAGGAGCGCGUCAGCAAACCGCCCGUCAUCAUCUCGGACCUGAUCCGGGGCGGGGCUGCCGAGCAGAGUGGCCUCAUCCAGGCUGGGGACAUCAUCUUAGCUGUCAAUGGCAGGCCCCUGGUGGACAUGAGCUAUGAGACGGCGCUGGAGAUCCUGAGGAGCAUCGCCUCCGAGACCUACGUGGUCCUCAUCCUGCGCGGCCCCGAGGGCUUCACCACUCACCUGGAGACCACUUUCACGGGCGACGGGACGCCCAAAACCGUCCGUGUCACCAGGCCCCUGUGCCCAGCCCCGAAGGCGGUUGACUUGUCCAACCCAAGCGUUCCCAGCAAAGAGCAGCCACCGCCAGCAGCCAUGGGAUCUCUGUGGAGCAGGGAAACGGGCAAGGAAGUGGAGCCCGUGGUCCACGUUAACGGCGUUGUUCCCAGCAGCAAAGGGCCAGACGCCGGCAAGGACAAGGACAAGGACAAGGACAGGGCUGGUGGUCACUCCUGCCUCAAUGGCAGCGUGGAAGACAAUGAGCUGCUCAAAGAAAUCGAGCCCGUCCUGGACCUGCUGAAGAGCAGCAGUAAGGACAGCGGUGGAGAUGCGCCCUCCAAGGUAGAGACACGGGAUAUAGAAGUCCAGGUGGACUGUUUCAGGGAAGGGGAGAACAAUCCCCAGAAAGCUUUGCCGGCUCGGAUGGAGAACGAUCGUGUCCCGGGGGACCUGUGGGGGAAGAGCAACGUCCCCGUGGUCCUGAACAACCCCCACUCCGAAGCAGAGCAGCCGCCGCCAUCCGGGCGCCAGUCCCCGACCAAGAACGGGAGCCCUUCCAAGUGCCCCCGCUUUGUGAAAAUCAAGAACUGGGAGACGGGCUCCGUGCUCCACGACACCCUGCACCUCAAGAAUGCCAUGGCCACGGCGUGCACCGAGCAGAUCUGCAUGGGCUCCGUGAUGACCCCCAGCCCCCACAUCCGCAAGUCAGAGGACACCAGGACCAAGGAGGAGGUGCUGCUCCUGGCCAAGGACUUCAUUGACCAGUACUACUCCUCCAUAAAGAGAUCCGGCUCCAAGGCCCACAUGGAGAGGCUGGAGGAGGUGACCAAGGAGAUUGAGGCCACUGACACCUACCAGCUGCGGGACACGGAGCUGAUCUACGGAGCCAAGCACGCCUGGCGCAACGCGGCGCGCUGCGUGGGCAGGAUCCAGUGGUCCAAGCUGCAGGUGUUCGAUGCCCGGGACUGCACCACGGCCCAUGGGAUGUUCAAUUACAUCUGCAACCACAUCAAGUACGCCACCAACAAGGGGAACCUCAGGUCUGCCAUCACCAUCUUCCCGCAGCGCACGGACAGCAAGCACGACUUCCGCAUCUGGAACGCGCAGCUGAUCCGCUACGCCGGCUACAAACAGCCCGACGGCUCCGUGCUGGGGGACCCCGCCAACGUGGAGCUGACCGAGAUCUGCAUCCAGCAAGGCUGGAAGGCUCCAUACGGGCGCUUCGAUAUCCUGCCCCUGCUCCUCCAAGCCAACGGCAAUGACCCCGAGCUCUUCGAAAUCCCACCAGAACUCGUGCUGGAAGUGCCCAUCCGACACCCCAAGUUUGAGUGGUUUAAGGAGCUGGGCCUGAAGUGGUACGGGCUGCCAGCCGUGUCCAACAUGCUCCUGGAGAUCGGGGGCUUGGAGUUCUCCGCCUGCCCCUUCAGUGGAUGGUACAUGGGCACGGAGAUCGGCGUCCGCGACUACUGUGACAGCUCCCGCUACAACAUCCUGGAGCAAGUGGCCAAGAAAAUGAACUUGGAUAUGAGGAAAACGUCCUCGCUGUGGAAGGACCAGGCCCUGGUGGAGAUCAACAUCGCUGUGCUCUACAGCUUCCAGAGUGACAAGGUGACCAUCGUGGAUCACCACUCGGCCACCGAGUCCUUCAUCAAGCACAUGGAGAACGAGUACCGGUGCCGGGGGGGCUGUCCCGCCGACUGGGUCUGGAUCGUCCCGCCCAUGUCGGGCAGCAUCACCCCCGUCUUCCACCAGGAGAUGCUCAACUACCGCCUGACGCCCUCCUUUGAGUACCAGCCGGACCCCUGGAACAGCCACGUCUGGAAAGGGGUCAAUGGGACACCCACCAAGAAGAGGGCCAUUGGCUUUAAGAAGCUGGCAAAGGCUGUGAAGUUCUCGGCCAAGCUGAUGGGCCAAGCCAUGGCCAAGAGGGUCAAGGCCACCAUCCUGUACGCCACGGAAACGGGCAAGUCCCAGGUCUAUGCAAAAACCCUGUGUGAGAUCUUCAAACACGCCUUUGAUGCCAAGGUGAUGUCCAUGGAUGAGUACGACGUGGUGCACCUGGAGCACGAGACCAUGGUCCUGGUGGUCACCAGCACCUUCGGCAACGGGGACCCACCUGAGAAUGGAGAGAAAUUUGGCUGUGCAUUAAUGGAGAUGAAGAAUCCCAACUCCAACCUGGAGGAGAGGAAGAGCUACAAGGUCCGGUUCAACAGCGUCUCCUCCUACUCGGAUGCCAGGAAAUCCUCCAGUGAUGGCCCUGACUCCAGGGACAACUUCGAGAGCACAGGACCCCUGGCAAAUGUCAGGUUCUCCGUGUUCGGGCUGGGCUCCCGGGCUUACCCCCACUUCUGCGCCUUCGCCCGCGCCGUGGACACGCUCCUGGAGGAGCUGGGCGGAGAGAGGAUCCUCCGCAUGGGAGAAGGGGAUGAGCUCUGUGGCCAGGAGGAAUCCUUCAGGACCUGGGCCAAGAAGGUCUUCAAGGCAGCCUGUGACGUGUUCUGCGUGGGGGACGAUGUCAACAUCGAGAAAGCCAACAACUCCCUGAUCAGCAACGACCGCAGCUGGAAGAGGAGCAAGUUCCGCCUGACCUACGUGGCUGAGGCCCCGGAGCUCACACAAGGACUGUACAGCAUCCACAAAAAACGCGUCUAUGCAGCGCGGCUCCUCGCACGCCAGAACCUGCAGAGCCCCAAGUCCAGCCGCCUGACGAUUUUCCUGCGCCUGCACACCAACGGGCACCAGGAGCUGCAGUACCAGCCCGGGGACCACCUGGGCGUCUUCCCAGGCAACCAUGAGGACUUGGUCAAUGCCCUCAUAGACAGGCUUGAGGAUGCCCCUCCGACCAACCAGCUGGUGAAGGUGGAGCUGCUGGAGGAGAGGAGCACAGCUCUAGGUGUCAUCAGCAACUGGACAGACGAGAACCGUGUCCCACCCUGCACCAUCUUCCAGGCCUUCAAGUACUACCUGGACAUCACCACGCCUCCCACCCCGCUGCUGCUGCAGCAGUUCGCUCUGCUGGCCACCAGUGACAAGGAGAAGAAACGUCUGCAGGUCCUCAGCAAGGGCUUGCAGGAGUACGAGGAGUGGAAGUGGUCCAAGAACCCCACGAUCGUGGAGGUGCUGGAGGAGUUCCCCUCGGUGCAGAUGCCCUCCACGCUGCUGCUGACGCAGCUGCCCCUCCUGCAGCCCCGCUACUACUCCAUCAGCUCAUCCCCGGAGAUGUACCCAGGAGAGGUGCACCUCACCGUGGCCGUGGUGUCCUACCGCACCCGAGAUGGAGAGGGACCAAUCCACCACGGUGUGUGCUCCUCGUGGCUCAGUCGGAUCCAGACGGAUGAAGUGGUGCCCUGCUUUGUACGAGGUGCCCCCGGGUUCCACCUGCCCCAGGACCCCCAGGUGCCCUGCAUCCUCAUCGGCCCCGGCACCGGCAUCGCCCCUUUCCGCAGCUUCUGGCAGCAGCGGCUCUUCGACAUCCAGCACAAAGGGCUGAAGCCGUGUCCCAUGGUGCUGGUGUUUGGCUGUCGGCAGUCCAGGAUCGACCACAUCUACAAGGAGGAGACGCUCUUUGCCAAAGCCCAGGGUGUCUUCAGAGAGCUGUACACGGCCUAUUCCCGGGAACCCGACAAACCAAAGAAAUACGUGCAGGACGUGUUGCAGGAGCAGCUGGCCCAGACCGUGUUCAGAGCACUGAAGGAGCAGGGAGGCCACAUCUACGUCUGCGGGGAUGUCACCAUGGCCGGGGACGUCCUCAAGGCCGUGCAGCUCAUCGUGAGGCAGCAGGGCCAGCUGUCGGCCGAGGAGGCAGGAGCCUUCCUCAGCAAGCUGCGGGAUGACAGCCGGUACCACGAGGAUAUUUUUGGAGUCACCCUGCGCACGUACGAGGUGACAAACCGCCUUAGAUCCGAGUCCAUCGCAUUCAUCGAGGAGAGCAAAAAAGACACGGAUGAGGUUUUCUGCUCCUAACUGGACCCUUCGCCCCCAGGGGAUGCCAAACCAGUCCCAGCACCUGCUGCCCCCUCCAGCUGGAGGGCACUGGGUUUUGUAUUUCACGGACACGGUGGCUCCUUUCCCAGGGGAACUGCCCCUGGAAAGCGCUCUGUCUCUCCUGUUGUUGUGUCCUGAUGAUGAUGAUGAUGAUGAUGAUGAUGAUGAUGAUGACUUUUAUUUCCUUUCCUUCCUCCUUCUCUUGCUCUUGUCCUGUGGCCAUUUCUUUUCACCUCCUUCCCCUUCCCUGGAUUUCCCCACUGGAGUUCGAUGGCUUUAUAACCUGCAGUGGCUCUUUUCAGAAUUCCACACUUCCCUUCCUUCCCAUGAGGGCAUUUUGCAGCUGCAUGAAAUCACCACCUUUGUGAUCAUUUUUGGGAGUUUCUGGGAUGAGCAGAGGUGGCAGGGGCUGGGUGAUGGCGAGGUCUUGUUGCUUGUCCAGAGCUGGGGGCUGUUCCUGCCAGGCUCCCUCUUUCCCCAGCUGAAUCCUUGUGUUUUCAUGGCUUCUCUCUGGAUUUGGACAAACCUGGGCAAAUGCCCGAGGCUGGGGGCAGAUGAUGUGCAAUUCCCUUGAAUUUUAUUCAUCUCCAAGCAGCCUGGGUACAGCUGUGUGGUUUUUGAUCUGAUUUAUGUGUCACGAUUCCUCCUAAGCGGGCCCUGCUUUGUCUCUCUUCUCCUGCUCUCUUUUCCUGCUCCCUGUGAGCCUCUCCUUUCGCUCAGUCCCAACUUUUGCUGGCAUGGAAGUUCUCCCACAAGCUCUGAACUCACAGGCUGAUGUGCAGGCCAAGGAAAAGCUCCUGGCAGUGACUUCUCCAGGGGAUUUUCCUGGGAAGAUUUGAUUUGCAGCUAUGCUGAGGGCCUGGCUGCACCCAGAGCUUUGCACACCCUGAUCCCUCUCCCAGGUGAGCCUGGAAAGCCACGAGGAUGGGACAGAAGCAGCUGCCAGAGGGAACAAAGGCAGCACUUGGAGGGGGAUGGGGGCUUCAGGUUUUUGGCAAGGAUGUGCCAACAGAGGAAUCAUGAAAUCCCAGAGCCAGCAGCCCUCAGCACAUCUCGUGAGCACUUCUGGGACAGCAGACCCCAGCCCUUUCCACAUCUGAGAGAGCAGAAAGUGCCACCAUGGGGCCAUCUGCUGCCAAGAGACACGUGUGUGGCAUUUUGGGGGUGAGCCAGGUCCCUCGGUGCCACCUGCCAGUGGCAUGAGCUGUCUCAGCCAGGACACCUCCUGUGAGAAGGGAGGUGAGAUCAGCUGCAAAGGUGCUGGGUCUGACACGCUCACACCUCAGCCCUGCUGCAAGAGCCUGGCCCCAAAAGCAAUUUGUUAACACAGCCACAGAAAGGUUGGAGGAAACAGAAAGUUUUAACAGAGAAAAGCUGUCUGCAAGGGAAAGCAAAGCUGACCUUGUGUGUCCUUCCUCCUGCUGCACCCUGAAGAGUCACAGAACAUUCUGAACUGGAAGGGACCCACAAGGAUCGAGCCCAGCUCCUGAGUGGAUGGCCCAUCCAGGGAUUGAACCUCGGGGUUUUUAGCAGCAGGCUCUGCCCAGCUGAGCCCAUCCCAGGCUUCUCCUCCCUCACUGCCACCACAAGGACAGCAGGACACGGCUGCAGCUCCUGCUGGAGGCAGGGAUGCAGGGUUGGCAUCUUGAGGUGGCAGCUGCUGCUCCUCCCCUCCUGCCCCGCUGUGCCCAGCUGUGCCCAGCUGUGCCCAGCUGUGCACGGAUAUCCUGGAUGGAGCCGAGCAGCAGAGCUGCUGAUGGCACAGGGAUUGCCCAGGAGCUUUCACAGGGCUGACAUCACCUGCCCCGAGCUAAAGGCAGCACAGAAAAGCUGCAGGAGCUCUGCUGCUCUCCCAGCCCGUGGAACAAGCCCCACUGUCUCAGGCUGUGCUGUUAUUCCCACCCUCGGCCAGGAUCUCCUGGGCUGUGACACCUUCUGCAGCUUCGACUCCCUGAAUGCCUGAAGCAUCUCCAGCCCAAAAUCCAGGAGCAAAAGGGCUCCAAGCACCGGGAGAAUUUGAGAUCCAGGUCUGCAGGUGCCGGCUGAGCAUCCAAUAUGGGAUAAAGCGAAUAAAUGCUGCCACGGUGUGGCCGGAGCUGAGCCGGCAGGGCCGGGACACGCGGCCAGCGGUGGGGCACUGCCUCGGCACCUGGGGACAUGCAGGGAAAAGCUGGAGAGCACCGGGGAAAGGACAGCCCACCCCAGUGCCAGGGCUUGGGAUGUGUGAGUUUGGGAGAGGUCCUGGCUGGGAGAAAACUCCCUGGCUCCAGAGCUGGGAACACGCAGCAAGCUUGGCCUUGACCCCCAUCCUGGGGCUGCAGAAACUAAAUGAAAAUCAGGAAGAAACUCAGAAAGAAAAUCAAACUCAUCCUCUUCUUUUGAGAAAUUCUAGCUCUGGCUUUGUGCUCUGGUCCUCCUUUAGAAGAAGGGAAGAUGCAACCUGAUGGGGAGAAGGAGGAGGUAAUGCCCAAAAACCAUCUCUUUGUCCUCUUCCCAGCUCCCACCCUGGUGCUGGCAAGGUUUCCCUCCUGUCUGCCUCCUGCCUGCCCUGCUGUACCAUCUCCCACCUGCAGCCCGUGCCUGAGCUGGAUUAUCUUGCUUUCCCUGCACCCCAAAGCUCAUCACCUCCGCAUCCCCUCCCAGGGGAGGCAGCAGGGCAGCACAGCCCUCCUCCCCUGGGUGUGCAGAGGGUCUGGGCCGGGCAGGCAGGGCUCACCAAACACCGCCUGGCUGAGCCCUGCCGAGCCCCUGGAGGGGAAAUGCUGGUUUAAAGCUCCUUGCCUGGACCUGGAGCAGAAAUCCCCUCCCUGCCAUGAAGCUCCAUGAGGUUAAAGACCCCCAGGGCUCCGAGCUGCCUCUGCUCCCGCUCUGCUCACAAGCUGCACCACUGGGAAUUUUGAUUCACUGUUUGCUGUUGAGUCAGUCUCAGACGUCUGAAGUGCUCCCCUUCAUCCCCUCCACCUGCAGGGGCUUCGCACUCCCCUCGAGCUCCAUUUUCUCCCAUAGCAACAGGGGAAAGAAACUUGUGGAUGUGCUUUAUUAUUCCUGAAGUGGCACUUCCAGGCUGGCCUCUGCUCGUCUCGCCGUGGCCUUUCUGACCUGCAGGUGUAGCCACAAAAUCUCUGCUGAACACAGAGGGAGGUGGCUCUGCCCCAGCCCGGUGCCCUGAGCUGCUCCAGGGGUCAGACACAGGGGUUGUGCCUCUGGGGCACUCGGGUGACAAAUCUGUCCCCUCUGGGUGCCUGCUGCCCCCCACUCCUGUGCUGGACCUGAUGGACCCAGCCUGCCCAGCGUCCCAGCCGCUCUCCCGAGGAUCUCCACCACCACCCCAGUUUGGAGCAGCUCUUCUCCUUUUCACUCUCCAGGUGUUAGAGACCCUUCUCUGCACAGGUUUGAUUUUCAAGACACUACAAAGUGGGGCUUUUUACAAAGAUUUCACUUCCCAGGUCUUUCAAGUGUCUGCAGAGAGUAAUUAUAUGGAUUUGAAAACCCAGGGAAAAGGUUCUGUGUUUUCCCACCCUGCUGUGUCCGCCAGCAGGGAAAAACCAUUCAGUGCACGGGUAUCCAGGGCUGUGCUUGGUGAUUUCUGAGGCUUCAUCUCCUGGGAAGGGCUGCCUGGGAGUUUGUUGUUCUUCUGUUUGUGAGAGACAACUGCAAAAAAAUGAGACAAUGGCAAAACAAUGAGACAACAGCAAAACAAUGAGACAUCUGCCACCAGGAGUGGCCUCACAGAGCUGUCACCUCCACAUCGCUCGAGAGGAGCUGAGCCAAACUGGCCAGAGAAUGGGAUCUGGCUCUGGGCUGUGCACGCUCCCUGUCCCCCCUGUGCCUGCGUGUCCCCAGGGGGAGCAGGGACAGUGUCCACCCCCUGAGCACGGGGACCGCGGGCCCUGAGGUGUCCUGCAGCUGGGCCAGGAGCCUCACCCUGCAGGGGGGACAUGGCAUGGGGACAAUGUCCCUGUGGCUGCUCCAUCCCUGUCAGUGUGGUUCCUGUCCCCCCAGGCUGGCUGUCCCCUUGGCAGCCCCUCCUGCCCAGCUGGACGUGCAGGGGCAGGCUGGGCACGGCUCAGUGCCUUGUGCUGGGAUAACUGGGAGCAAACCCAGCCCCAUCUCCCCCAGCUGGGUUCCACAGGGGGAUGGAGGUGGGGAGGGGUCACAGCGUGGGUGCAGACUGGGGCUGUGAACUCUCCCACGUGCUGCAGACCCCGUUCUGCUCAAACUUGGGGGGAGAGGUCGUGUUUGUGCUCAAAGCCUCAUGGAUUUGCACCAAGCCCAAGCCAAAGCUGCUGCCUCCUGACUUCUGACCACUGAAGCCAUUCCAUUGCCCCCUGAGGGUUUCCCACCAUUUUUGGGAGGAUGAUUUUAUGCUCAAAACUCGAUUCUGUUCCUGCUUCCACCAGGGACUCGUUCUCAGCUGCAGAACUGCUCUGAUAACUCUGCAAUUGCAUUGAGAGUCCCUUCGCAGAACAGAUGGAGACACAUUUUCAGGACCAUUCGACUUUGCUGUAACUCCCUGUUUUUUAUAACAAUUCCUUCUGCUGUAACAGGGAGAGCAAAAUUUGGCCAGUGCUCUUGAAAAACCUGUAAUCCUGAAGUUGGAUACAAUUAGCCUGGAAUCCAAGUCCUCCCAGAUCCAAAAUGCCUUCCACACCUGCUGGCUUCAGUGGCACUGGGGAUUUUGGCAGCUUGCACAGCAGCAGCAGCAGUUUCAGAGUAUUUUUGCGUGUGUCAAUCUGCGCUUGCACGUGCCUGCAAUGCAUGGCUCCAGCAAUCCCUGGGAAAUCUCCCCUUUCCCAGGAAAAUCCCAGCUCCAGCUUCUUCCAUGUGGCCAUGUGUGCUCAGCAGGGAGUCAGGGGAGAGGGAGAAAGCUGCUGCUUUAAAGCACUUGGUUCCAGAAGUGAAACAGAAUUUAGGAAAGGUCAAAAUCAGCUUGGUGUAGCCCAGGGAAAACUUGUGGCAUAUCCAAGCAUUGCCAUGCAGAUCCACCUUUUUUUUCCUGCUAGGAAAAUGCAGCAGACUGGCAAUUCCUGGCCUCCACCCCUACAGAUGUUGGGCUUUGAUGGAAAUUUGAGCCCUGGAAUCACAGGAAUAAAACCCCAAGAGGUUGUGAGCUCAGAGCUGAGCAGUGGCAGCACCUCACUGCCGGGGCUGGUGCUCUCCUGCCUCACUCAUCCACGUCCUGCCUGGCCAGAUUUUGGGGAAGGAGGAGGGAGGAAGAGCCUCAAAGUGUGCAAAGCAAACCUGUGAGGCUGGCCCUGAGAAUUCCUGGUUUACCAGGAGCCUGUAGGCUGAAGUUUUGCAGCUAUUCCUCAUUCCUGCGGAGAGCAGUUGGGCAAGACUCCUGUACCCAAAGCUUUCAGAGUUGUUCUGGAGCUGUGGAAAAGCAGGAACUGGGAUGCAGGACAGCUCUCUGCAGGGCUGGUGCAGAAAUCUGGGAGGGAAAAACACCAGGCAAAGUAUUUUCCUUCCAGGGGCAUCCUUAAUACCUGGAAAAUUGAAAGGCUAAAUACUGGAAAAGUUGGUUUAAGAGAGGAACUAAUUCAAGGCUUCUUUUUGCUGCUUUGUUUUCAUGUGUUGGUUUUGGGGUGGGGAAAGCAAACAGAGAGCAAACAGCCAGUGUAUCAAAUUUGGAUUAAAUCAAACUUUUUGUUCCUACAAUAACUGCUGGCGGAGAUUUUUUAAAUUUAUCAAGGGCAACAAAACAGCCUUAAUUCACUGAGACACUAAUGCUCCUUGCUUCUGAGUCUGCUUUUUUGUUCUCCUCUCCUUGUGAUCGUGGCAUGGAAUCCUAUCUUAAGAAAAGCCACUUCCCAAUAGCCUAGAGCAUGUUCAGGAAUAGGAGAUGGGGUUGGAGAAUCUCCCUAGGAGUGAGAUUCAGUGUAAAAUCCCUGCUUUGCUAAAACCCUGCAACACAGGCAAAUCCCCACAGUUCCCAAGGUUGAAUUCCCGUGCUCUGCUGCCUCGAAAUGCCUUUAAAAACCCCAGGCUGUGUGUGCUUUGUGAGCACUCUGCAGCUUUUCCAGAGUGCACACACAGUUCCCCAGGCAGGGGAUGAGCAGAGCAGGAUGACUUUCAGCUGGGACUCAUCGCUUUGGAGAUUGCACAGAGUUAAAAGCACCACUUCUGCCAGCUGCCCGGGGAAUUUGAUAUUCAGUGCCAAUUAAUUUUUGUAAUAGGAGCAGGGAUUUAUCCCCUCGGCUCCCCCAGGCACCUUUAGUCUUAGACUCAGAGGUUGGGUUGGAGUUUUUCAUUUUCCAGUGGCCUUUUCCUGAAGAGCAGCAGUGCCAUGAUGAGGACGGGGACUGGGCUGGGGAAGGUGGCAGCUUUGGGGCAGGGAAAUCCCAAAUUUUCCAUUGUAAACCUUUCAGAUGUGGGUAAAUCCUGCUGGGCUGGGUGGGGCUCCAUGCCCUGGCUGCUCCCUGCUCCCCUCACACCCUCACAUCACUGUGCCUUCAUUCGCUCGAGGAAACGAUGCCAAGAUUGGAGCCUGGCACUCCCACUUUGCAUCCCAUGCCAUCCCCCAGGUGUGUGUGGAGCAGGGGGAGCUCCUUUUGUAGCUGUUUUCUGUGUGAUCCCAGGGCAGGUUUGUGCUGAGGCCGCAGGGGUGGGGUGAGCCCGAGCUGUGUGUGAUCCUACCAGUGCUUUAAGCAGCCAGAAACGUGGUUCUUCCCCUACCUCCGAGCUCUCAAUGCUGCUAAAAAUCUCUGCCAUUCGUCCCCCGUGCUCCAGCCCCUCUCUCAGACUGGCUCUGGCUCUGUUUGCAAGAUAUCCACGUUGUUCUGAAGCAUGCACCUCUCUCUGUAUAGUCCCAAACUUCUGAUUUUAUGGAAUACUUAUGCCUGUUUGCAUUACGGUCAAAAUAAAAAAGCGAACUAAAA